CCCCGGAGGUCCGUGUACCGCCCCCCCGGAGGUCCGUGUACCCCCCCGGCCUGAACGCGUCUGCUCGUUGCCAUGGUGACGUAAACGCUGGGCUGCAGGCUUCCGUCUGACCGUUAUGAUGCUGGUUCCGCGGCUGUCCUGUGACCCCCCCUCGCCUCCUCCCGUCAUGCCGAACCGUCAGAAGCAGAUUUUGUUUUCGGUCUCCGGGGUCCUCGGCUUCUCGUGUGCCCUGAUGGCUGCCGUCGCCACCGGGCUCCCGUUCUGGGUCACCGGGGCCGUCCUGUGCCGGACCGGGGCCGAGCUGGUGAACGCCACCGGAGCCGAACUGGACAAGUUCCUGGGAGAGCUGAACUACGGCCUGUUCCACGGCCAGAGGGUGAAGCAGUGCGGGCUGGGGGGCAGGCCGUCGCGCUUCUCCUUCUUCCCAGACCUGCUGAGCGCCAUCCCGGUGGUCCUCCACGUGUUCGUCAUCUUCUUCUGUGGUGUCGUCAUACUCUUCUCCUCAGUGGUCACCGGCUUCUUUUUCUUCAACGCCUUCGGCCGACCGUACGAGACGCUGCAAGGCCCCCUGGGACUUUACCUGUGGAGCUUCAUCAGCUGGCUGAGCAGUUGUCUGGUGAUGGUUCUCUUUGCAUCGGAGGUCAACAUCCAUCAUCUCUCUCAUCGGAUUGCCAACUUCAACGAGGUGAACUUCGUCUUCCAGACCUACACUCAGCGCUAUGACCUCUGCUUCUGGCUCUUCUUCCUCGUCUUCCUCCUGCACGGACUCAACUUCUCGCUCAUCCGACUGGCUGGAGUCCAGUUCCCUUUCCGGGGGGGCAAGGAGUCGGCCCCCAGCGGGGGGGCCGCAGACCUCAUGUACUGAGAGACGGAAGACGGAAGCCUCUGAAGGACAAAAGGCUGAAGAACCACCAUUAACUCAAGACUCUGCAUAGCGAUAAACUCCAAUAACUGUCAUUAACUAAUGUUAGCAUCGGGUAACAUUAUGUGUUAACUAACAAUUAUAACCAAGGUAAUGUUAGCUAGUGGUUUAACUAACGUUACCUAGUGAGUUAACUAACAUUUAUAAUCAAACUGAUGUUAGCUAGUGAGUUAUCAAACAAUUACAAUGUUGUUGAUUUAAUGGUUAAAGUGUUAAGUGGGUAAAAUGGGUACAAAUUUGCCUCAGAGGGCUUUACAGACUGUUACAGACUGUUUUUCCUGUGCCUCACAUCGGCACCGGAAAAACUCCCCAAAAAAUGGAAUAACCUUUGAUGGGGAAAAAAGAGAAGAAAGCACCAUCAGAUAGAACCACCAUCCACAGAACCACCAUCAGAUAGAAC